AUUUCUUUACCCGCUACUCGCCUUGCGUAUGCGUAUCUUUGUCUAUAUGCGUGUGUGCUGUGUUUUGCGUAGUUAUUCGCUGGUGUCGCUACUGUUGAUGUUUUUAUGUGGUGUUCUAAUGGGUUUUUGAAGUGUCUUUUUUUGUUAUUGCUGUUAUCGUGACCGCCGGUGCUGCUGCUGCUACCGCUACCACUAUCAUCGUUCUCGCAGACACCACAGAGAACAGGAGUCAUAGAGGGUGCUGUUGUUGCUUGUAUUGGUGAUGCUGGCGCCUGCGGUGGUGAGUUGGGUCGAGUCGGAUCAGCAGUGUUAGUCAAAUAGUAAGUUGACUGGCAGCGAUCGCGGUGAUUCGUCGCCGUGGUUCUUUUCGGUCACAACGUGUGGGGUACAAAGUGCGCUCGGUGUUUAUGCUAAUGUUGUGCCCGUUUGUAACGCGGGGGUGUUGACCAUGCUGCUCCUGCUGUUGUUGUUGGUUAGCUUGUUUGCGCCGUAGCAACAGCCGUCGUUGCUGUAUUAGCAGGACGAACACGCCAGCAUUUCACCGCACCAAUCAGCCUGCGACUGGCUUACACAAGAAGCAGAAGCAGCCAGCUGUACCUACAGGAUUGUGGUGGCGCGUAGUUGUGCGGAUAUUUGCUGAGUUUUUUGCUCGCACUCAUGAACGCCGGUAGCAGCCCUCAUUUAUCGAAGCCACUGGUUACAGAUCCGGAAGAAGUUAAGCCGCCGCUGCUAAGACCGUCCGUUUCGAAACGAUAAUCGCCGAAAAAGAAAGGUCGAGUUGUGUGUGUUUGGAGUGUCGUCGUGUCUGAGCAUGCGUGCGUAUGUGUGUGCUUCUACGAGAGACCGGCAUACUGCUCUUUCUGGUUGCGUACUCAUUAGCCCAUUCAACCAAUAGUGCUCACUAGACCCUUCCGCUAGUUUGUGUUAACGUCCCCCUGUUGACAUUCUAGUAAUACUGGUGUAGCAAGGCAGAUUCAUUUGUCAAUCUGAGUGACGAGAGAGGCGGUAGCAGAAAGGAACGAUACCUGGUGAAGACUCACAACGGAGCAAACCGAGAGUCGUUGUGCGUAAAAGGCGCCUGCCACCGAGGUACACCAUAUGAUACGGCUGGUUGUGGCAAGCUAGGCGGUUAUCUCGCACCUUAGACCCUCUCCUAUACUGAAGUCCGUUUUCUCUGGCAGUGGAACUGCAGCGACUGAGUGCACCAACUGCAGGUAGCUACCCUCGCCUUGAAUACCACUGAGUAUUGGUGUGGCGGUCGGUGCCGUUGAUUGCGUAAUAUCUAUCUGUCUAUCGUCACUACGCUGCGAUUGCUCUUCAUUGUGCUGCCCCUUCUCUUACUAGUCCUGUGGGAAAAGGAGUAAAGAAGUGGGACAGCAGGACAUCAUAGCCCACUAACCUAAUACCCUAACAUAUGUAGACGAUGUUACAGACCGUCAAUACACUCGCACAGUCACCGGUCAAGGUUUUUGCAACUUCGCAGUUCGGGUCGCCCAUUCAGUUACUCAGCCACAACACGGCAGCGUGUUGCCUUGCUGUACUCUUACACAUCCACCUGAAACGCGUGGGUGUCUGUGCUUGUGCUCAAAUCGAAGCUGCCCUGUUGUUAUUGGAGGACGCACGUUGUCUGACUCUGUCUCCUCUACGACUCACUGGAAAUCGUUUCUGGGAGAGUCUGUAGGUUUCCUUUCAAACUUCCGCAGACCCCUGUGCCUCCAUCAUUAUAAUAGUAAUAAGAAUAUGAAGAAGAACUAAACAAGAAGGCGUGUUCGCUUUACUGCUGCUGCAUUAUUUGUGCUAGACCAAGGCGUUUAUCUUAGCAAGUGCCUGCAGUGUGUCCUAAUAUUGCUUAAGUUGUUUCGCAAGACCGCCGUUACUGCAACUUCUGCAAACGCCACCGGAGUUACACCGUCUGUCAUCACAGCAGUGUCGUUACUAGGUUUUUGUCCUGCGUUUGACCUUUUACUGCGCAUGCUUUUGUAGCCAUCGUAUGAAUGUUUAUUGUGUGAAGCUGUGCGGCGAGGUUCGUACACGUUGAAUACGUGAACACUGCACCAGUUCAGCGAAAUUCUAGAUUGAUCUUAGACAGUGCAAGAUGAGUCUCAAACAUUUAGCAUCGGCAUACGACAGCAGUGGCCACUCCUCAUCGGAAGGUUCCAAUUCGUCAAAUUCAGCCCACGCCUCAAUGGAGCUAGCGCCAGUCCGCUUACCUCCGUCGCCACCGGCGGCGAAACGCGCCAAACUCGAAGUUCCAGCUGAAAUCGCCGACAUGUUCGCCACGUCUGGCACCGGCUCGAAGUGGAUGGACGACCCGGCGAUGCAUGGCGGUCGGCAACGUUCAUUCGAUCACGAACAGGGCAUCUGGGCGUCGCUGUUCUACGUUUACGCAUGCGACGAAGAGUGCAUUAAAGACCUCCAGCAAAUAGCCGAGGCCGGGGCACCGUUCCUCUUGCCUAUCGGCAAGUCCCAACCACAUAUCUCAUUGUCGCGAACUCUCAAAUGCCGUUUCCAAUGGAUCAAGCCGUUGUACACUCACAUACGACAGGGUGUGUACGCACAUAAGCCCUUCCUCGUAUCGUUUAAUCGUUUCGCAAUUUACGAAAACGAUGAGCGGACAACGGUAUUUCUGGCUGUCGAUGUUGAUCUUGGCCAAAAUGAACUGGUUGAACUCACCAAACGGGUGAACCUUUCACUCGAUCUGUUCCGCUUGCCGAAUUACUACACAAAUCCUAAGUUUCAUAUCAGUUUAGCGUGGGCGCCGAUUAGCCGGAAGACAGAUCUUCAAAAUGUGCUACCAACUUUACAACGUGAACUCGAUGAGUAUUGUACAUCCGUUGAGCUGGCAGGCGUUGUAGACAGGUUGUGUUUUCGUGCGGGACAUAAACUGUUCGAAGUACCACUAGGCUUUGAAAUACCGAAUAUGGUAUACAAUACCACUGGCGUCACCCCACCUGUGACCCUAGCUAAGUAAUAUAUGGCAAUGUGUAUCCAUUACCAUUGCAUAACAUAUGUAUAUUAGAACAAGAUGUGCAGCAUAUACGAUACUGCUAUAGACAUCUAUAAGUUUAAUAAUACAGCCACAUAUUUGAAAGUCAAAAUAAGAAAAAGCAGCAAUUUAAGUACAUAAAAAUGUACAUUCUAUGUUGGCUUUGUAGUUGAGCUUAACCGAAUUCGCAUGCAUGGAUGCCAUAUGUUGGCGAACUAAUAUUAUUAUAUUCCAUAUUAUUAUGAGCGAAGUCCGAUAAUAUACGCCAACAUCAUAUACACACACACACACAUUUUGAAUGAUAUCAGCACGAGCAGCCAUAACUCAAGAUCCUUGCAGGUAGUGACGACGGAGGCAGUCUUUAAAGGUAAAGAAAGCGAGAUCAGUUGUCUGAUCGAUAAUAGAUCGAACGACUGCCUUCCAAUUGAAGGAUUGUAAAAAUACAAACCAGCAUAAAAUACAGUAGAUACGUUAAUAAUAACAUUAUUCCUGAUAGGUGGAAAUUAAAUGAGACGUGCGUUGGUCACUCAGAUCCAUCGCGUCAUCUAGGGCAUGAGUUCAGAUGGCCGAGUCCUACUAAGAUCUGAUCAUCGAAACCAAUGCUAGAUGUCUCCGAUUAACAGUAGAUUCAUGUCUAGCUUUUAGGGGCUUAUCACUGUCACCCUUGCUACUUAACUUCAUGUUACACUACAGCUAAUAGUCCUCUAUAAGAAAACUAUGAUAACAAAAAAAUAACUAUAGUGUGAAUAUAUAUAUAUAUAUAUAUAUACACAUAAUUUUUUUGUGGUGCAUGCUAAAAUCAUUGUACGAGCUGACUCUAAGGUGUGCGAUAGGUGACGAUUAGAGACUGAUUCAUGAUGUUAGACAUGUGUAUUUACAUUUUUAUAGGUCCUCGUAACGCUGCCCUGAGAUGAAUACUUUAUAACAGUAACAGGUGUGGUCUACUAUAUAACAGUAGCGAUAAGAAUAUCGUACUAAAUAAUGCGAAUGUUGUAGAGAGAAGUGUAACUUAAGAAUCUGAACCGAUGCCGACUACGACGGAAAAAUGCUGUGGUCGAUAGCAACGAUCGACGAUCAAGUCACAUCGAUAGUUCUGUGCGCGUAUUUCCUUACAUCAUCAUUUUCGUCUAUCAUCAAGAUCAUCAUCUCGUAUUUGUGCGUAACCUUAUUGUAACGUUAUUCGUCAUAGAUAUGCGUUAUUACGUUUCUCUAAUAACUAAUAACCUAUGUCGAAAAUAAACAUCCAAUACAUUGUGUAAAGGACGAUAACUAGAGAGCUAAUAAGGCGUAACAAGCGAGGAAAGAAAGGAACAGAGAUAGAGGAAGAGAGAAGAAAAAGAAUAAAGCCGUGGCAUUUCACAUGUGCUUGUAUGCGUGGAGGGUGUUAUAUCACAAGCAAGCUUUGUCGAUAUUGCUUUCAUUUUGAACACAUCAUCGUGCGCUGCUAGUUCGAGACCGUUCGUCCUGAGAAUAAUAUAAACCAGUGGAAACAAUGACGGCAGGGUCGUCUCGACUGCAGGAUAAUAUCACUACUGAUACGAUACGUGCUCAAAGCUGGGCAACACUGUCCUACAGCUCGCAAAAUUGACGCACAGAAAAAAGGUUCUCCAUUUUCAAAAGUCGAAGGGUUGAAAGGUUCCCCGUUGAGCGUCCGUUUCGAUCGUCCGGUACAGUAGCGCGGCCAGUCGAUAUGGAGAAACUGUGAUGACAGUAAAAGGACUAAUGUAGCUGAAUGUGACAUAGGGAACUGGACUACAUGAGCAUAGGUUGGAUUUACGGAAGAUAAUAGGGACGUAGAUAUCAGUAUUGCUGUCCUUAUCAUCGGCACGGUACAUAUAGAGAUAUAUACUAUUUCAAGUAUAAUACGAAGGAAUGAAUCAAGCGGUGCAUGUCCCGGGAAGUGCGUGAUAUGGAUAAUAAUUGAGAAUGCAUACAGUGUUAACGAAUUCAAGCUGAUCAACGGGAGGUAGAAGAUCCGAGACGGAAAGUGUAUUGGUUCGCAUGCAGAUGUAUUUUUCUGUCAACGUUAGAACGAACGAUUCUGGCGAAUUAUAAUAUCUGUACAUAGGUGCAACUCCUCGGUUGAGGCUAUGGCUCCGUUUUUUUUAUAGUAUUUUGACGUCAUUGGCGUAAUUGACUGAUUAGAAGGAAUUGUUUAUUAGCUAGUGACGUCGACAAUAAGCUUCUGCGAUUAUGUCUGAUGUAUAACACUGUGAGACUACCGGAUGAUGAACAACCAUAACGCAUGUAUCUUUGUAAUGUUUCUACUAAAACUGAAGAGCGAUUUGAAACGAUUGAAUUAUGUCAGCUCUAGUUGAUUAAUUGGCUCAUUGCUUAAAUGGUAGUUUGUGUGCAUGUGUAUAAAAUGAAUAAAUGGAAGACCACUACGUCUCAGAGCGGUUGUCAAAACAUGAAUAACGAUUGUGGAUAACAAAUAAGCUGACCGAUGAUAUAUUGAUUGUGUCUUUAAACUAAGUACAUUUCGAAAUGGUAUACUUUGAGAGGGUAUUAGCAAAGCCAACACGACGAGAAGCCAAACAUUGAGGUGCUAAAAUGAAAAUAGAGGCAGUGAAACGGAUACGUUAUACGCAUCGAAAAGAAACCCGACGCAGAAAGCCCUUAUAUUAUAAAAAAUAGACAAAUUUGUGUUAGUUUCUUGGCUAAAUAUGGAUCCUGAUGGCUGCAGAGGUGAUGUUCUAUCCCCUGUUUCUGUUUAAUAAUAGGCAUUACUUGAACAAAGUAAAACGUGGCAUGUAAUGUUUUAUUAUCAAAGUAUUUGAUUUGGAAUGCUUGCCGCAAAGACUCUGCUUGAUGUGGGUCACAAGAAGGUCCACCUUCCACCAUAAAAAGAACCGUAAUCAAGUUUUAACUCAUUAGAGACACUGCCCUAUCAACCCACAGCAUAUCUCAACCGAAAAAACUUGACAUUUUUGUCCAGGUUAUACCCUGGGCAACUAGACAGCAGAGCUUACCACUACUUCUUCACCUUGACAAUUGUUAUUGAUCGUUCCGACAAAGAAGCGUCUAUUUGCGGACACAGAUAUUGAUGAAAGAAUGUGCAAAAGUACGUGCAAAUGUGGAGGAGUCAUUUCGCUUGCAUCGGGGCGAGGUGCUGUUUUGGCAGAGCCGAGCUUGGAAUAGUGAGAGUUUGGGAAAAUGCGGAAAGCCCACAACGGGGACUUGCCGGGGCUAAAUGAUGGCUAGGUUAUCGCUAGAGUUGUGUGAAUAGAAAAAGCUGUGUACGUUAAAUAUGAUCUCAAUAGAAGUCAAUAUGAAGGCGGUUGGGACGGCUUCGAAAUAAACGAAAAAAUAAAUUUGUUUCAACGACUACUCAUUAGGUCAUUGAGUUGAUGCUAUGGCAUCCAAGAAAGCUGUCAUUGCCAUUUUGCAUUCUGAAUAAAAGGGUUGAAGUUGUCUAUGUAAGGUUUUUAACUUUAUUGAUUAGAAUCUGCCACAUUACAGUACACAGAAUAAAAAAUGUAAUUAAAAUUCAAUUCGUAUUUCCCAAACAGAACACGUCUAGCUUUACAUCUCGUUAGAUUACGAAACUUAUUUUUAAAUGCAGCAUCUAUACCAAUAUGUUGAGCCGGUGAAGAUAGUUUUGUUUGCAACAAGUUAAUCGGUAUCACACUGGCAAAUACAUUCAAAUACAUUACUAGAUGCAAAUAUAUGUAUAAUGUGUAUACAUAGUAUCCAUGUAAUUUUAUUAGCAGCAAAAACGCAGUUACAAAGAUCAUAAAUGAUCUAAAUGCGCUGAGCAUCGUUGUAUUAGCUAGUUUUUUGAAGCCGCUCCCAAUCCACUAAACUGAUAUUACAACAACUACUAAGUACUAAAAGAUGAACACAAAAUAUAAAGCUACAAUUUAACAAGAAACAACGAAGUAAUACUAUAGUAUUUACAUAUGAGGUUAUUUUUUACUAAAAUCAAAUUGUACGUCAUUGUUACUCCUCAGUGAAUGGUAAAGGUGUCGGCUAUUUAUGUACAAAAGAUAAUUUAAUAGCAACGAAAUAAAUAAAUGCCAUAUUACCAUGAUCGUAAUCAGGUAGUUAAAUUAUUUUAAUUAGUCUCAUAAACGCAGCCUCCGGGUGGAAAUAUCACAUAUAUGACUGAUUAGAUUAAGAGACAUAAAUACAUUUAAAGUUGAAUAGAACGAUUAUGUAUGUAUAUAUUCUAUAUAUGAGAAAUCAUACAAAUUCAAAUCUUCAUUUGGAUAAAAAAGCAACAUCUGCAUAAAAAGUAGCAACUUCAUCAAAGAGACUUCACCGUGAUGGUGGAUGUUGAGAAUGGAUAUUGAUUAACUGAAACGGGAAGAAAAAUGAAAUCCAUAAGGAUAAUAAAAUCUAAAAUAAAAUUGAAAACAUGAACAAAAACGAUAAAAGAAUAAUGAGAAAAGGAGAAACCA